AUCAAAUGUCAAGUAAAAAUGAUAGAGGAAAAAACGACACAAUUGGUCAAAAAAAUACUCUAAGUAAUUUAUUGAAUCGAGCCAUCAAAUUUAGAAAAUCCCGUUAUGUAGAUCAUAAGUUGGAAGCUUUUAAAAGAAAAUUUGCUCCAGUUAAUGGUGUUUCGGGAGUAGUGCAUGCAACUUCAGCUUAUGAUAAUGCAGGAACUGCGGUUAAUAAUAUAGUGGAUAUGAUUGAUGCUAAUGGUUUUGAACGUCCUUCGAAAAUAUUGUUUUCUAAAGAUAAGCUCAAUUCAAACUGGAAUGAGAUUCAUCCUAUUGGAUCAGGACUUAAAGAUCUUGGACAUCUUUCAUCUCUUAAUGCCAUUUUACAAGUAUUUACUUAUACUCCAGCUUUAGCAAACUACAUGUUGAGUAGAAUACAUGGAUCAAACUGUACGAUCCAAGAGUAUUGUUUUGUUUGUGCCAUAGAAGAACAUAUAAGAACAGCAUUAAAGGGAUCACAAUAUGCUCUUCAGCCUCGUCUAUUUGUAGGAAAAUUGAAAAAAAUGGAAAAGGGAGACACUAAGGAUGCUUUUGAUAUUUGGAACUAUUUUAUAAAUCAAACACAAUCAUUCUUGCUAUCUGAAAAAGGUUCUAAAGAUAAACGAGUCCAGGAAACAACCGCUUUAUACCAAAUAUUUGGAGGCUAUCUUCAGAAAAGAUUAGAAUGUCAAGCUUGCAAUAAUCCAUAUAAUGAAUAUGAAUCUUUUCUUGACCUAAGUUUAAAUUUAACUCAAUGCAGUUCUGUUGAGAAAUGUUUAACAAAAUACUUUAAAGAAAGUAUAUCAAUCCCAAGCCAAUGUCCAAGUUGCCAACAUGAAGGAACAUUUACAGGCAAACAGUCUAUCUAUAAAUCACCUAUGGUUCUUGUUCUUCAAUUACAACGAUUUAAUAGAGAUGGAGAUCAAACUAAGAUUAAUAAAUUUAUUCAAUUUGAGGAAACAAUGAACAUUAAACGAACUAUAUGCGAGACAGAAAAGGAUCAUGUCAAUAAAGUUUAUCAUUUAUAUGCUGCAAUCGUUCAUACAGGUCAGACAAUUCAUGAUGGUCGUUAUAUAGCUUAUGUUAAGAGUUCAAAUGGGAUUUGGUAUUGUAUGGACAAUGAAAAUGUGCAAGUUGUAAGUGUGAAAAAACUCUUGGAAGAAAAGCCCUACAUGCUAUUUUAUAAUUCACCUGUACCAAAGACUGCUCAGCAUGAAAAAAAGAUACCUAUGAAAAAUGAAACUUCUGUGCCUGAAUUGAUCAAUAAAAAUGAAAAUCAUAUAAUGAAACAAGAAGAAGCAAAUAAAGCUGAAGAAGCGACUAAAGUUGAAGAAGAAGUAGGAGAUGAAGUCACUGUAUUACCAUCAAGUUUAGAUAGUGAGGAUGAUGAGGAAGAAAAGAGAUUAGAACAAGAAAAGCUGCAUAAAGCGAUGGAAGAAGCAUCAAAAAAGGAUAAAAUCGAAAAUACUGCAGCUAUUGUAGUUGAACAUCAUGAAAAUAUGAAAUCGAAACGAGAAAAACUUGGCGCACUUAUAGAAAAAGAAAGUUUAGAAAGUAAAAGCUCAGAGGUCAAGAAUGUUCUGUUAGCUAAAACACCGAAUAACCAAUUCCAAGAUGAAAUAAGCACUUGGGAUGAAGAAGUCGGAGAUGCGAUUGAGAAACGAAAUCAAAUUCUUAAACAGAUCAAGCCAAAGAGGAAGAGAGUUGAUACGUAUGAUCUCGAAUAUGAUCGAGGUAAAGUCAAGAAGGUCAAGAAGAAGCAAAAUGAUAAAUUUAACAAGCCAAAUAUGUUCCAAAUCGUUGCUGAUAUAAAAAAUACGAAAAAGUAAUAAAUCUGACGUCUAUUUGUACAUAAAACCUUGUGUGACGACGUAUCCUAUUGAACAAAUAAUAAAAUAGUUAGGGAGAAAAGAAG